AUGAGGAUCAGAAUAAGAGUCGCGAGAGAACCGGCACAGAAUAAGGGUCACAAGGUUCAGUUUAAGGGUCACGAGGAUGGGAUUAACGGUCACGAGGGUGAGAUUAACGAUCACAUGGGUCAGAAUCAGGGUCAUGAGGGUCAGAAUGCAUUUGGAGAUCACAGACAGGGGAGAAUGGCCCUUCACGCGGAGCCUCCGGCGAAUAAAGCCAAACGAGAGCAAGCUCUCCGCCACAUUCUGGCAGCUAGAAGACGUCAGAUCCUGGCACCAAGAUCGAUUACACCGAGAACUCCAAAACCAGUUGGCAAUGUAUCCAAGGAUCCCCUGGACAUGCUGGAGGGGCAGGAGACACGACACGGUGUUUUUGUCACAGCACCAAUGGGCGAUCAGAUCGCUGAAAUAGUCGAGGACGAUGAGGACGCGGAGAUAACACCGUCUACAAUGCAAAUUAUCGAGGCGCCUUCAAAUCCCAGUGAAAACACAUCGACAUUUAUCCCGGAGUUCGGCAAUAACACGAAAAAAGAUGUUAAUGCAUCGCGAAACUCAUCGAUAUCUUCGAGAAGCCAGAAGAGCCCGGAUGACGUUUCGCGGAGGAAAAACACUGUUGCGAUGCCGGAAUCGCUCUACAAUCACUUCAGGCCGGUGGAAAGUAACAUUCCCGUGGAGGACAUGACGCAGUUUCUGUAUUUCGGCCAGAAAAUUCACCCCGAAAACACAACGAGCAACAACUCGGUGGAGGUGACAUCGGCCUCGCCGACGUCCGUAAACUCCCGAAGGAGAUUUAAUCCAAAGAGAUUCAGUACAACUCUCAGUUCAGUUCCCAAACUCGAGGACAUCAUGAACGAGGAAAUGGACAUUGCCCUGGAGAAGUCGACAGUCGAGAGGAAUAAAAUCCUCAAGACAAAGAAUGCAUUCAGAAAUACCGGUAUUUACUCUAGAAAGCCACCGGUUAGGCCAUCAGAUCCGACAAUAGUCACGAACGUUAUUUUAACGAAUAGAAACAAGAGCGAGACAGAAGUGGACUCGUCCGCUCACGCCAACCAGCUGGCGAUUGCCGAUCAGGGAAAAGGAAGUUCGACCCACUGGGCCAACAGCACGACAGAUUCAACCCAGAUUCCGCCGGUACGCCAGGACAACGGUACCGAGAGUGAAAUGACUGGAUCUGACGUCAUAACGACGAUAUAUCCCGGCGAAUUGCCGGACGACUACCAAAACGACGCGUCAACUUCGGCUGGUAAACAUCGCUUCUUCAGAAGUAAAAAGAGCGACUCGAUUUCCCGAAGUGACACGAUUGACGAGGCGGUGACGACGGAGGCGAGCGCCGUGGUCGUCACAACGGAGAACGACGAGCUCCGUCGGCUGACGAGACUGUCGACCUGGAUGUCAGUCGACCAAGUGACAUCGUUAUCCUCGUCGACGGACGCGUCGACGGUCAACGACCUCACACCAAACACCCCCACACUAUCCGACGAUCUCCGUCAGCCGCAUUCGUCCCUGAGGAUAGUCGUCACGGAGCCGACGGCCGACGGAUUAGCGACGGCGCACGCCGAAAAUUCGACGGCCGCGCCAGUCGCAACGGCAACCGCUGCGGUCACAACGGAGAGGUCGCCAGCAUCGUUAACGAACUCAACGGAUCUAACGGAGACGGUCCCACCUGUUGCUUCAACGCAUCCGUACACCUACACCAUAACAAACGUAACUCGUCUGUUACGCAACUACACUGGACCUGGGCCAAGUGAGAAGACAGCAGCAGCGACAGCGCUGAAAACCCCGGGAUCGGAAGGGGAAGAGGAAAAAGAAAAUGAUGAUGAUGAGGCUGGACUCCUUCCUCCACUUUCCGGCGUUGUAGGUAUAGAGUCGGCGCGCGCGUCCGCUGGUGCCAGUGGUGAUCCGGCCGCCGUUGAAACCACAACGCUGGUGGGGGAUCGCGGUAGAAGACUAACACAACAGCGGAAUACAUCGCGCAAUAACACAGUGAACUCGAUUGACGUGAAUUUCACAACGGAAAACACUGUGACGAGUGGAAUUGAUGCUGACGGUGCAUCGACAGUCCGCUGGAACGACACAGCGAGGGCUGACGAUGAGAGGGAGACAAGUGGUGAUCGUAGAUUUAUGAGAAAAUCGGCAAGUGCUGUGUUGAAUCAGCGGACGAGUGAGGAUAGAGAGUUCAAGAGGAGGCGUGGUGACACCGGUGGUAGAAGGGUCAAGGGAUUGAAGAGUGAAGAGAGACAUCUCGGGUACAGGUCAAUGGACAAUAAAACGCGGAGUGACCAUGAGGUGACUUUGCAUAACAAAACAGGGAAUAUUGACGCGAUGGGGAAGCUAGUUGACGACCGGACGACCCUGUCGCCUUUCACAAUUCUCGAUGUGCCACCGGUGAGUAGCGGUGAGCAGUCCAAGCCCAACAGGACUGAGGAAAGUGCCAGGGGAGAUGACAAAUUGGCGGUCACCACAGUUCCGAGUGAAUACAGUGAAUCCUACGGCUCGGCGGAGGCCACGACAGUGGGGACUGUCGAAGCCUCGACAAUGGGGUCACUGGGCCCAACAAUGAGAAGCGCAUCAGCAACGACAACCGCGAGACCGCCGGUUUUCCCGGUAACACCGGUCAUUCUGAAUGGAUUGAAUAAGGUCACUAGGGACGAGCCGGACGAGCCGAUUGACGCGGCCGGGCCGAAAAAUCCGGAGAAGCCCUUCGGCAUUGACAAGGAGCUCGAUCCCUCGGAAAUCCAAAAGAUGUACCGUGCCCAGACCACCUUGAAGCCCGAAACAACCAUGACGACACUACCCCCUGAGGUCACGAGGCUCGGGGACAACCCGAUGACCUCUGAAGCGAAAAUGGUAACGGCCAAACCGCAGGUGGGUGAGAGGUCACCAGAAGUCAGAGGUAGAAAUCUCUCCGACAAAAGCAAGGAUAAGGACGAUGUUCUUCCCAUAAUGCAGCUGUACAAUAACUCUAACAUCUUGAAUGGCACGAUGAAAAAUCCACUGGAGGGCGAGGGCACAACAGCCCCUCCGCCGACGAGACUAACCCCUGACCCCGGAGCAAUGACAUUAACUCCGCCAGCGGAAGCUGUCACAGUGCGACCGGCGGAGGAUGCGAUCGGCAAUAAACACGAUUGGGUGGCGGAUUCCGAGGAUGGUGGGGCUGUUAAUUCAACGAGAACGAGUAAAAAUCGGCAAGAUGUGAACCGGGAAGUUCAGGAUAGCCCUGGCAGAUGGUCAAAUGCAUCGGCUUCCGCUAAUAAAACACGUGCUAGGCCACUUUUUUAUAAUUCGGGACCACCGGAAUACAGUGGCUAUCAUCCUGAGUUGAAUGCGAGUUACUUUGGGCCCGGCACGAUCGCCGAGAGCCCCAGGGACGUGCUCAAUGUCAGUGAGGUCAUAACCAAGAGACACGAUGGCGAUACCCUAGCCACCCAGGAGACUGUUGCAAUUGUUAGUUAUAUCCUAGCUACGUUAGUUGUCUUCCCAAUAGCCGUUGGUGUUGGGCUCAUCCUCAGAAGACUGAUCAUUAGAAAUCGAAAGGUGCUGGAGGAGUCGGACACGUCAUCUGAGAUAAGCUGCAGAAAAGACGCUCUGAAUCUCGAGAAUGGGGACUUCAAGACAUCGAUUGAAAAAGCGAUAACAAAAUUGCCGAGGAUACAGCAUCUGUGUCACGAGGCUGAAAAACCACCGCCUCCGUCGUCCCAGGAGUCGCGCUGGGAGUUUCCACGUGACAAGCUCAGAUUGCAAACUGUACUUGGUCAGGGCAAUUUCGGACAAGUUUGGAAGGCCGAGGCCGACGAUUUAACCGGUCACCAGGGAACAACGAGGCUCGUUGCUGUUAAAACGGUUAAGGAGGGCGCAUCGGCCAGGGAGAAGGAGGAUUUAGUCAGAGAGUUGGAGAUAAUGCAGCAGCUCGGCAAUCAUCCCAAUGUCGUUACGUUGCUGGGCUGCUGCACUGAAGAAGAGCCACAUUACUUGAUACUGGAGUACGUCAUGUAUGGGAAGCUGUUGGCCUACUUGAGGGACCACCGAACGCGACAGGACUUCUACAAUUUCAGCGAGGACUCGGCAGCCCUCACGUCCCGAGACCUCACGGUCUUCGGUUAUUGUGUGGCCAGGGGAAUGGAGUAUCUCGCCUCCAAAAAGAUAAUCCAUCGUGAUCUGGCAGCGCGAAAUGUCCUGGUGGAUCACAACAAACUCUGUAAGAUAGCGGACUUCGGUAUGUCGAGGUUCGCCAACGAGGAUGGCGAAUGCGUCGAGACGAGACACGGCAGAAAUGCCCUGCCAAUAAGGUGGAUGGCCCCGGAAUCCCUCAUCUACUCCCUCUUCACAACAAAAACCGACGUAUGGAGUUUCGGCAUACUCAUGUGGGAGAUCGUAACCCUAGGUUCCACGCCGUACCCGGACAUGGCAGCGCGCGAGGUCAUGCGGAACGUACAGAAUGGCUAUAGACUGGAGAGGCCCUCGCACUGCCGCAGUGAGCUCUUCAGGGUGAUUGCCAGGUGCUGGCAUGCCGAUCCCGAUCGUCGGCCCGAGUUUCAAACACUCAGGAGGGAUCUCGCUCAGUUGCUCGAGGAUAAUAUGAAUGGACAUUACGUCGAUCUUGAGAGUUUUGCCUCUGAAUGCGCUGACUGAGUACUUAUCAUCCUCAAAAUUCGAUAUUUAUAAUCGUGAAAUUGGAGGUGGAGUUGAGGCUUCGUGUGAGAUACCUUGGGGACAGAGGGAGUUGAUUGGGGGAAUCCCGGGACUACGCGCGAUUUUCAUUUUUACCGAAUGAAUAUCGAUAACUAAUCAAUUUAUGUGUUUAAUGUUUUGAAUUUGUAUC